CUUGAAUCUCAGGUCGUUCGUUCGAAUUGAUAGUGAACUUCGUUGCAUCUGUAACGCAUUUAAGUCACUCCGCUCCGAUCCAGAUUCUUUAGGAUUUUUGGAAACUAAUUUUGUACAUCGUAUACACGCGCCAAGAAUAAUAUCGUAAAGCUUCGUUUUACCUCGCUCGAGUCACGACACGAUUCGGAUCGGGCGAUUCUCGCCUACGAAUCCGUACAGCACCCGGUACAUAUCGAUCUGCCUUUCCGCUAUAGCGUAGCCCGGGGCGCAGUCUUGGCGGUAACCUUGAACUUUAACCUCGACAUUAGCGAUCGGUCACGGGAGUCGCGCUCGCCGUAUCGCGAUCCACCCACGAUCGAUGCGGAUGAUCGAUUCUGCUUGUAUGAUUGAGAACAAUCGAGCGACGCCGGUAGAACGCGGAACAAACGAGUCCGGGACGCGCGAGGGAGAUCUGGUUAGACUCGUUAGACGAUUAAUCAGUCAGAUCGGAGUAUCUAGAUAAGAAGUCAAUCGGAAAUUAGAAGCUCCGUUAAAUUCGAGUCAUCCACAUUAAAUUGAUAUUUUCGAUCCGACGGUUUCCACGUCAAAAUCGCGCGAGUUCGAUAUGAGAAUUCUCACACGAUUGAGGGCUACCAUAAAACCAACGUAUUAUACAGACUUACUCCAACUUUGCCUCGCGAUAUUGAUCUAUCUGUUAAGGCACUCCCGUGGCCAAUUGACAUGACCGGCAACCUUGCCGCAUGACAAGUGCAAUGACAACGGCUCUAAUCGCACGCACAUGAACACACACACACGCACGUGUCGGUCCGUGCAUGUGCAUUUCGUGUAAUUGCCUGAUGCAUUACGUAAGUCGCGGUCUGUCGCGUCCUGUCUCUCUCUUUCUCCCUCUAUCUCCCGAGAGUUAGCGAGCCGGCGUCGAUCGCGAGACAAGACAAUCGCAUUUCCUGCGUGCGUGUGUGUCAAGGUCGCGAGCGUGUGCGUGCGGAUCGCGCCGAUCGCCGCGCGAAAGAACGCCGGGCUGUUAUUUCGAGAUCGCCGCGCGGCGCGAAAGAGUAACUGCAUAAAAGCCGAUGAUAAAUAUUUUUAGAGGCUCUCGCGUCGUGUCAAGAGGACAGGCGUAUUUUUUAGCCGUCUAGAGAGACCACCGACGCAUUUUUUAUAAUUUUUUUUUUUUUAAUAAUCUUGUAACGCGACCUUGAUAACAUCACUUGAUUAUUUAAUAUCGAGUUUCUCGUCUCGUACACACGUCGCGCGUAAUUUCAUGCUAAUUAUUCCCGGUGGCGGUAUCGCUUCCGCGCGGUCAGAUUUUCACGGUCAGAUAACGAUCGAGCGCAUAUUUUAGAGAAUACCGUUCGCCCACGAACAUGCGCGACACGGUGCGUCGCGCGUAAACGUUGUUCGAGGUCCUCCUCAGCUUUCACGUAGCGCGCAUUCAUCUCCGUCCGUCCGUCUUUCUUUUCCCUUUCCCCCCUCUCUUUUCUUGUCCUUUGUUUUACAAUCGUGAGAGGAAAGCGAAAUAAAUUAUCGAAAAAAGCGAGAUUUAUGCCCCAAUCCGGCAUUAUCCUCUCUCGCGUACGAACGAAAGCGACAGUGGGGAACGCUUCGACCGGAGGGACAUGUCGGCGAAGUCACCGACACGCCGCGCACUUUUUGCGCGGUCUCUUCGACGGGCGCUUUUUCCUCGCGAGCGAAGGCCGGCCAGCGUCGGGUCGGGUCGGGUACGGGAGUCAGCAUAAUUCGUCUUCGCGCUACUCCGCGAGAUAUCCCGCGGGAGAGGAGACUCCCGAGGGAGGGACUGCCGCCCGCGAAUCCCUGGCAGGGCGGUUUCUCGACCGGCGGCGACCUCGGGAGGGCAAAAGUUCUCUCUUUCGCCCUUCUCCGUCUCUCUGUCUCGCUCUUUGGGUCGGGGCUUUCUCUUCGGAUUCUUCUUAAACGCGCAAAAAGCGUAAAAUACGGUUGUCUGCGCCGACGGGUCUUCGGUCUCGACGGUUAACUUCAACGUUGCUUCUUCUCGCUCACCUCUCGCAGCUCGUCGAAUAAUCAGACAUUCGAAUUACACGGAGUUAUCCGCUUUGCCCAACUCGGAGCAAGUUUUAAUCGAUUCGGAAUACUCCGAAUAUAAUAUUCCGACGUUUCCGAGCGAUCGAACGGCAAUGUACCGAAUCGUAUCCGAUACAAUCCAAUUCAAUUGGUCAUGAGUACCGCGCGGUGUUACGUCUCCAGCUUCUCCUCUUUCGGCACUCGCGUCCUAUCCGAUCCGUUCUCCGCGCGGUAACAGGAUAAUUUGACGAACGACAGAGAAAGGACGCCUCUCAGUCGAGAGACGGCCACGCUCGGUUGUUUUGCAAUCCGGGCCACGGUAAAAAUUAAAGCGCUGCUUAAACCCGUGACUAAUUGCACGCGUCACGGCUGGCACACUUAAAGCGAUUUUUCUCGAAUCCUCGUUUCAUCGUGUUCCGAAGAAGCGUACCGAAAUUACCGUCGAUCGUCGAGGCGCUUAUAAUCUUGUUAUUUGUGGAGAAAAAUAUUUUUAAAUUAUUUGCUGCAAAAUAUUCGAUAGCAGGGAAAAUAAUUGUUUACGUUAGCAGAGAAAAUUGUUUCGCGAUUUUACGUUUCGCAGUUGGAUCCUGCUGCGAUUAAUCAUACAGGUAGCUGCGCGGUAAUGACGGUCCAACUUUUUGAUCGGUGAUAGAAUCGAACAGAUAACGUCGCGCAUUCGAAAUCGGGAUCAUGAAUAAGUCAGCCGAUAUAAAAGAUUGCAAUAAUAUCGUGGACGUUUAUCGCGGUAAAAAAAAAAAUACUCGUUAUGUGCAUUAAUAAUAAUAAGCUGAGUAAAUGCGCUGUGAAAUAUAUUCCGCGUAAAUGUUUCUCCAAAUUGACGGCUUUGUUAAAAUGUGAUAUUUUUCCUUCUGGCUGAUACGGUGUUUGUUCUCUUUCCAUUUUUUCUUUGUCACUUAUUUUAAAAUAUUCUUGACGACGAAAUAUUCUAGCCACUUUUCAUACAAUUUACAUCCUUCAUGGUGACAUAAAAAUAUAUCUUAUAAUUUAUAAUAAUAGAUAUAAUCUGAAUUUAUAUGGAUUAAAAAGAAUGUGAAAGCAAGUUUGGAUUGGGGCCGUAAUUAAGAAUGUGACUUAAUGCGCUGUUACCUCAAGCCCUUCACUAGAAGGGAACAUGAGCUACUUGUCGGUGAAUGCCGUGGGAUUCAAGGUCGCAGUACGAUUCGGUGAAAGAUUUUUUCGUCGGUUCACGUUCGUCGUUAUCCCUUCCUACUCCUUGAAAACCGCUCUUCUCUUUCUGCUGUAGAAUAGUUAAGCAACCGGUCGCGCGGUCGAUCACGAACGAACCAAAGAAGUGCAGUGAGCAACCAUACCAAAUCGAUACCAAAAGAAGGAGUUUAGAGCUCGAGCGAGGGAGGGAAGGACAAGGUGGAAGAGGCAGGACUUCUUUUCGCGAGAUGACGCGGUGCGGACGAGGCGAGGGUUCCGUCUGAAAAGAAAACGAAAGGGUUCGAAUCGCGGGGUGGCGGUGUGUGCCACGGGGGGAGGAGGGGUGGUGGUGGUGUGCGUGCGUGUGAAAAGGUCGGCAAAAUAAAUCGGUCCACGGUGACGAGUGAAAGUAGAUCGGGCAGGCAGCCGGGCAAGAUGAUGAAGAAGGAGAAGCCGAUGAUGUCGGUGACGGCCAUCAUCCAAGGGACUCAGGGAGCCCAACACUGGGCACGUGGCAACGCCUCCUGGCUGAGUUUAGACAACAGCAAUAUGUCGAUGUCGUCGGUGGGGCCGCAGAGUCCUCUCGACAUGAAGCCCGACACGGCCCUUAUCAAUUCGGGGAACUUUAGCCCAUCGGGUCCCAACAGUCCAGGCAACCUGCUGAGUACAUCGCCCAGCGGUCAGAGCAAAACGGUCACCCCUUACCCGCCUAAUCAUCCCCUGUCGGGCAGCAAACAUCUGUGCUCGAUCUGCGGCGACCGUGCGAGUGGCAAACACUACGGCGUUUACAGCUGCGAGGGAUGCAAGGGAUUCUUCAAGAGGACCGUGCGUAAGGAUCUGUCGUACGCCUGUCGCGAGGAGAAGACCUGCAUCAUCGACAAGCGACAGAGGAACCGCUGUCAGUACUGCCGGUACCAGAAGUGCCUGACGAUGGGGAUGAAGAGGGAGGCGGUGCAGGAGGAACGUCAGCGCACUAAGGAGCGGGAUCAGAGCGAGGUGGAGAGCACGAGCAGUUUGCACGCGGACAUGCCGAUCGAGCGUAUCCUCGAGGCGGAGAAACGUGUCGAGUGUAAGAUAGAGCAGGGAAAUUACGAGAACGCAGUGUCGCACAUUUCCAACUGCACAACGAAUCAACAAAUCUUCCAGCUGGUGGCAUGGGCAAAGCAUAUCCCGCACUUUACGUCGUUGCCGGUGGAGGAUCAGGCGAUUCUGCUCAAGGCUGGCUGGAGCGAGCUGCAAAUAGCUGCCUUCUCCUACCGUUCCAUCGACUCGAAGGACAAUAUCAUUCUGACAACGGACGGCUCGUUGCAUCGAAAUGCGACGGGAAAUGCGCUCGGGUCCACGAUAUUCGAUCGCGUGCUCUCGGAGCUGGUGUCGAAGAUGCGCGAGAUGAAAAUGGACAGGACCGAACUCGGAUGUCUUAGAUCCAUUAUUCUUUUUAAUCCCGACGUGAAAGGCCUCAAGUCCGUAAAUGAGGUCAGCCUGCUGCGCGAGAAGAUCUACGCCGCUCUAGAAGAGUACACCCGCGUGAACUGUCCGGAGGACACCAGCAGAUUCGCCAAGCUGCUGCUUCGCCUGCCAUCAAUCCGUUCGAUCGGUCUCAAGUGUCUGGAGCACAUGUUCUUCUCUAAGUUAAUCGGCCAGGCGCCGCUCGAAAGCUUCCUCACGGAAAUGUUGGAGUUACCGUCGGAUCCUUAGGAGCAGAAGGUGUGCCGCGUUGUGGGGCACACCGAUAUGUAAAAAAAAAAGUAAAAGAAUCGAACACAAGAGGAAGAAGUAAAAGAAGAAGACGACGACGAUGACGAUAAUGACGACGACUACGACGAAAGAGGAUAGGACCCGCAUUCGAGUCGAGUUUCGCAUUCGAGAUGCAACGAUUUCUGUACUACGUCGCCUUUCCCCCGAGUCGCAGUAUAGACUAUCCGUGUGUCGAGCGAGGUGGAAUUUACUUACUUCUCUUCAUCGCCACCCCCCCCGUCUCCUCCCUCCCUCUCCCAUUCCUCUCCUCGCCCUGUUAUUUAUGUUUUUGUUAGAGCUUAGCGACUCUUAUGUCCAGCGUAAGGAGGCGGUCUUACUGGUCGACGACGCCACGCACAUACGGGAAAAUAGUGACAUAAGUGCGUGCGUACGCGUCUGCGUCUUUGUACAGCUUGUAUACGCCUGUAUACAUCUGAGCGCUGUCUGACAGCUGCGGUCUGCAAUUCAGGUUUCGAUGUUGUCGGUCGAUAAUUAGUUAGUUAAUUAGUUAAUUUCUUGAAUCGGUUAAAUUUGUUACGACGGUUAGCGAUACUUUACAAGACGCAAAUGCAAUUCGUAGAAAUUUACUUCGACUUAUCCGGUGGAUGAAUAAAGUUUGACGGCGUUAAUUUAUGGAAAGCUACAUAGACAGAGAAUUAUCUGUACAAAAUAUUGUUAAUCACAAUCGCUGCCUCUUUAGCCUGCGACAUGUGUCGUGCCAUCAUCCGAGCGAAGAUCGUGUCCCACACGAUAUUUCGUGCCGAUCGAUCCUUGGUUCGGACAGAAUAUCGCGUCUUCGUCGGACCGCACCUUUCACAGUCACAGAAGUUCCUAGAAUUAUUAAGUUUCUUUUUUUAUUUUUGCACUUUGUUACUUUUCGGUCUCUCUCUCUCUCUUUUUUUUUUUAUCUUUCUCGUCUCUCUUUCUCAACGUCGCGGGUUGCUUCGACAAUGCCGUUUUCAACGGCGGACGCUCGACGAAGACGCGACUCUGUGCUCGCGAGUUCUCGGACACCUUUACAUUCCAACUCUGCCUCGAUUCGGAUCGUUACUUUAAAGAGCCACUAUUUGCAUAUAGAUAUGUAUACAUACAUACUUGCAUCAAAUGCGUAUCCCCUUACGCUCAGUGCGCAAGUUUAACGAUAAUUUAUUGUUUUGUAUUUUAGAGUAUAGGAGAGAAAACGAACUUACUAAUUCAUUAUUAAUUAAAUUAAAUAUACACAUGGUAGUCCCCUUUUUUUAUGCAGCAUGUGUCCGUGAUGGAAUAUCAGAAGUGCAACAAUCGGACGUCAGAGCGUGCGAACGAAGUAUUUACUUUCAAGGUGUUAGGGUUUCCGUUUAUCUCUUUGUUUCCUUUUGGUAAAAUGCACGCUCGGAUAUAUACUCGGAUCUUCUUCGUUAAUCUUUUAAUAUUUAGAUUUAACGAUAUGACAAACUCUUACUACGCGUAUACACAUUUGCAGUACUGGAUUGCUGUCUUCUGUGUCCGGUACAAAUUCGACAUGGCAGCAAAAUAGAGUAGAGAGAAUAUAGACAUUUAACUUUUUCUCAUAGUAUACUGGCAGUGAGAUUUAUUUUCCCCCGGAGAAUGUUCAAUGCACGAAAGCAAAUUAAAAACAAAGAUGCAAGAGCUCUCGAAUCUUCGAAAGAAAAAAAAAGAGCUGUUUCAGAUGUAUAAUUAAAACUAUAAAAAUCUUAGCAUACGAUAAGAAUUAACUACUGAUCGUGGACACAGGAUUAAGAUAGAAACCCUCUCGUUGUUAGUAAUUUACAGAAUUGCGUAUCACAUGACGUGAGCUGAUGGAUCCGAUAGACUUGUAAAUUACAUAAAGCAGAGCAUCUGCAAAUGUUUGCUCAGCGACUUAUUUUCUAAAUUUAAAUGUUAUUAGAUAUAUAAAAAUAUAUAUGUACAAAACGUAUAUAUACAUAUAUAUAUUUUUCUCGAGACUGUUAAUUACUAUUUUAUCUGUUAACUAUUUCUACUUGUGAAGAAAUUGGAUUAACGACAUAAUUUAUGUGAUAGUCAAAUUUUAAUAGUUUUAUGUCAACAUCGCGUUGACUUGGUUCUUCGUUUGGAAAAAUUUUUAGAUGUGUAAUAUUGUACAAUAAUUUGUUCAUUUAAUAGAGAUACGUAAACGUUUAUAAUAUUAGAUUUAUACGUAUCGUUUUUUUUUUGUAACGAAUUUAUGAAGUGUUUGAUGAUUAUAAUUAAUGACUCGAUGCAAUUAUGUUGUAAAAUGUGAGCGUUCAGAUGUAAAAUUAUUUUUUUAUUUUAAAUAAAAUCAAUUGUGGAAUAAUAUUUCGUCAUUUUUGCGAAUGUUGUACAAAAUAUUUGAUGCUUUCUCGGACUCUUUCAGCUCUAAUCAUUGAUACGAUUUACUCUACUACUCUAGAAAUAGUAAGGGAAUGAUCAUACUUACUUCAAUAAUAUAAAUUAUGAUAAUAUUAUUGUAUAUUAUUAAACAUAUUUCUAUUUUUGCGUGAAUGCCUACGAUUGUUAGUUGUUGGUUAUUGUUAUCUACUUGAUGAGAGUUUUUAAUGUUAUGCGUACCGUGGGAAACAAAACACAAUAUUAAAUUCAUAAUUUUUUUUAUAACAUGCUGGAGUUACUAUUCAUUUCAGAUGCCUAUUUUAGCGGUUUUUUUUUUCUUUAUCAUUUAGGGAAGACGAGUUAUAUUUAAUGGCAUAUUAAUGCGGAUGCAGGAGCAAUAUCGUGUAUGUAAAUCGAAUUAAUUUCCCAUAUAUAUACAUAUAUAUAUAUAGACGUGAUUCAAGUCACUUUUGAUUUAUUAAGUAGGAGCGCAGAUAAAAAA